GAUGAAUGGCGUGUAGCCGCGGGAAAUUUCGAAAGCCGCGGGAAGAAGGAUUCUGGAACUAAGUAUUCCGAGUUAGAUUUGUUGUGGGAAAGCGGAGAUUUGCAGAAACAUUAAAAAAAUGGAGUCAAGUCCAUUGAAUGAGAUGGAUAAAAAGGUUGAUCUGUGUACACCAACAGAAAACUUACACAAACAUUGUCAAGAAAUCACCCCAGAUAACCCUAUCGAACCUGACACAAGAAUUUCAUUUGGAACAAAAAAGUCCUCUGAAGUUGGGUCCAACCAAAAGUUGUCAAAAAGAAAAUUGUUUGAACAGCCUGUUGUUGGUCAGACAAAAGGAGAUGAGAAUGUUUCUGAGAUGGUUUACAAGAAAAAGCUGAAAUCUGAUGACACAAUCAGAACUGAGGUGAUCAAGGAUAGUCAAAGACGAGGGAGCGCCAGCGGGGACUGUGCCCCAGGGAAACGCCCUUUAACGGAACGUCAGCAGCUUGCGUUCCUUCUUGAAGCCACAAGCUCACGCGAGAGUCAGGAGGAUGAAACUAAUAGCAAGUUCACGAAAAUCAAGCCACGCAAAAGGAUAAAGCGAAACGGGAAAUGUGUGAACCCGCGCGUAUAUCGACGGAACGAACGAGGGGAGACUCCAUUGCAUCUCGCUGCCAUUAAAGGUGAUAUUGAUGGCUUGAGGAAACUUUUCAAGGAUGGAGCAGAGGUUGGAGUGAAAGAUUACGCAGGUUGGACAGCUCUUCACGAGGCAUGUAACCAUGGAAAUCUUGCUGCAGCUAAACUGCUGGUCAAGCGUGGUGCUCACGUAAACGUACCAGGAUUUGAGGGUGACACACCAUUGCACGAUGCUGUGGUAAACAACCAUGUUGAGGUUGUAACUAUGCUGCUAUCUUGUGGUGCGGACCCACAUCAGACAAACAUGAAAAGAAAGAAACCUUUAGAUCUGAUAAACAGCAGUGAAAUGAGCAACACCUUUAAUUCACAUGGUAUACAUCACUCGUAUUUUGAACAGAAAGACGCAAAAACUCUCAAACAAGAUGUGGUGGCCUCCAGCAACAAUGGAAAGUCGGCUAAGCUGGACUGCGAGCGUUCACAUGCAAGAGGAUCAAUUUUAGGCAACGAGAUCCAGCGAAAAGAGACGCAAGGAGAAUCCAAGAUGGAGAAACCUGUGAUGUAUAUUUGUAAACUGGAGCCUACUUUAUGUACCACGCAAGUGACGACUUAUAAGAAAUGUAGCAAAACGGUGCAGGGGGGUGACGGCGCUAAGAGCAAGGAUAGUGUAGAUGACAAGGAAGAAAGGAAAGUGAAUGAGAAAGAGUUGAGUGGAAGUUCACCUCUGCAGAAAGAUGCAACAGAGGUCAGACUGAGGAAUGAAAAGUCUUCGCAUCAAGUUGGAAAACUCGACAGCAUUGGAGAUAAGAAGAUGACAUACAAGUUGACUUCGUUGACAUCACAGAGAAACCAAACUACAGGAAUCUCAGGGAACAUGAAGGAUGCUGUGGGCGACAGGAAUAACGACCUCAGCAGGAAUAACGAGGAUGAACUUAAUCAGUCUCAGGAGGCAGAACACAUGAAAAACGAACAGUUUUUGAACAAGGUUGAGGAUGAGGGAAACGACAUUGCGGUGAUGAAUAAACCGGAGAAAUCUUUUAUCAAUUCUGAGGAUAUCGUAUCAAGCAGCGAUGAGACAGAAGGAAAUGCCAAAGCUGUGUCAGAGAGAAGCAGAACCCCAGAGAUUGACGAGAGCAUUGCAGUGGAAGUUCUAGCAACUGGUCUUUUCUCAACGAUGUAUGCUCACCUUCACGGCUCUUUUAUCGAAGAGCAGUCAGACGUUGAUCAUCGCAAUCGCCGAGAAUCAUCCGAGAGUCAGCCAGAAAUGAUGAAUAUCGGCUUUAUUUACGAUAAUAUGCCAGCGUCUAAGAGGAAUGAGGGAACAUCUGUACACGAAGAUGAUCCUUUCCUUGACGUGGAGCACCUAGAACCAGAUCAACCAUCAACUGAGGUCAAGAAAUUUGGAGCACAACUACAAGGUGGUCUUGUCGAUGCGAAGAGGAACAUCUUCUGUAAAAAGAAGACGAAAGCUAAAGAUGAGACUUCUAAAAUAGUUGAACAAACUGUAAACAAGUUCAUGUCAGGUGAUGCUACCUCGGCCCGAUCUGCAGGAAUGAAGCACAACUCUUCUAACUGGUGGAGAUUUGAUGAUGUGGGCUCAGAGAAAGAUGGCGAAUUUGAGACAGUCAGAAAAGAUCAGACUAUUGCAGUCGAGGAACCAGCAAGAAAAGAUCCAACCAUCGGAUACAACACGAAUGAUUUCCAACGUUGGAACGUUGAGAAGAAAUCAAAGGGAAGAAAAAAAAUCAGCGCCGGAAAUACUGCUCUCACCAGGAAGGAUAAAAUAUCACGUCGUAAAACUGAAAUUUCACGAAAUCCCGAAGUUAACGCAAGAUACGAGCAGCCUGAGAGUCAGAGGGUUUAUAGUUCCAAGAUAAACGGAGAUGGUCAGAGAUUAGAGCAUGGUGUUGAAACUGUAGUUACGACGAAGCCAGCGGUAUCAUGGCAGUCCCUCGUGGCUGCAGGAAAAUCUCGGUUAUCAGAGCUGAGUAUUCCUGGUUAUGACGAGUUUUUGAUGAAGACUAAGAGAUAUGAUUUGGCAAUGAAUAGUAAUAACGAUACCGAAGAUACAACCCACUUUGCGUCAAAAGAAGAUCAAUUAUCUGCCAAGUAUAAAAAAACCAAAAGAGAACUUCUGAAGAAACAGAAAAGUGAACUGGACAAACUGCAGUUAAGUAUGGAACUAGAAAUUGUGAGACUCUACAAAAACCAAGCUUACGCUUUCCUCAAGUGUAACCAACCAGCCAGCGCAUGUUCUGCGAUUCACUGGCAGAAUAUGUCAAAACACCAACUGGAGAACGAGAAGAGUAGGUUAUCUCAGCAGCAGUUUCUGCCGAUGGAUCAAAAUACAGCGUUUGGUAAUCAUCGCGAGAUAGUAAAGAAAUAUGAGAAUCUGAAGACCCUGAUGACAAACAGACAUAAACAUGAACAGGAAUCUUUAGACGCCGUGGUAAAACUGAAGUUAGAAAGUUGCGUGUAGCGGAUUGUGUUUUAUACGGUUUUCUAAUUUCUACACAGCUGUAUAUAAACGUUAGGAUCGCAACGACAGAGACGAAAACAAAUGAACAAAGUUUUGUGGUAAAAAGCUACUGAAGUCCGGCAGAGCUCCGCCAUUGCAUGCUGUUUUGUUUGGGGUUGUUGUUUUUCAGGGGUUGUCGUUUUUAA